AUGGCUACGGCCUUGCUACAUGAUAUGAUGCAUAAUGAGGUAGAGGUGUAUGUCGAUGAUAUGAUAGUGAAAUCCAAGGAUAGGGGAAGCCACAUCAUAAACUUGAGGAAGUUCUUCGAGAGAAUUAAAGAGUAUAGGCUAGGAUUGAACCCCCAAAAAUGUACCUUUGGAGUAACCAUUGGAAAAUUGCUAGGCUUCCUAUAUGUGGCUAAGAAAACUAUCAAAGGAAGUGUCGUGUCAAAUUUUUGUGUCGAGAAUCCUAUAAAGGGGGAAGAUGGUAAAGAAGACUUUCCAAAUGAGAACAUUUUGGAUGUUGAGUUAGGAGCAUGGAAGAUGUACUUUGACGGAGCCAUAAACCAAUAUAGGAAUGGGAUUGGAGUACUCUUGAUCAUUCCCGAGGGAUCUCACAUACCUUUAGCAAUCGAGCUGAACUUUGAAGCGACUAAUAACAUGGCUGAAUAUAAGGCUUGUAUUGCCGGAAUGGAAGCUCUUCAAGAAUUAGGGGUAAAGGAGGCCAAAGUCUUUGGGGAUUCGAAUUUGGUUAUAGCCCAAGCGCAAAAGUUGUGGAAGGUGAAGGAGGAACAUUUGAAACCUUAUCAACAAUACUUGGAGGACUUGACCAAGACCUUUGACAAGAUUGAGUAUACAAUCAUCCCUAGAGCUCAAAAUCAAUUUGCGGAUGUUUUAGCUACUUUAGCCUCCAUGGUAGAAAUACUCGAGGGAGUAUGA